GCUUGACAAACAAUCAACAUCAUUGUGUAAGUGUUCUCUUCAAACCAGCAGAUAUGUCUGUGCUGCGGGUCUUCGCCUCAGCCAACAAACAUGUAGUUUCAAAGAGUUUGACUGAAUCUGUGCGCACAGGAGUUUUCCGAGCAGCCAGCGGAGCAGCGGAGGACCGACAGCCACUGAAGAAAGCUCAAACCCCGCAGGGUCGAUUCGACAACACUGAGGACAAGAGCAAAGAUAUUCUGCAGAAGUUCCCUGAUGAUGUGAACCCUGUGACAAAGGAGAAAGGGGGGCCCCGGGGUCCAGAGCCAACACGCUACGGAGACUGGGAGAGAAAGGGCCGCUGUGUGGACUUCUAAUUAACUACCUGUACAUGUUAACGCCUUGAUUGUUUUUGCUGUUAACUGAAAAGUAAGGGUGGAAGUGAGAAUGAGGGAAAAGGACAAACUGUUUUUGUGACUAACUGUGUAUGUACUCACAGGUAACAACAAGAAUUAGAAUUUUCAAUAUUUCAGCCAGUUUCGGCAAAAGAAACUACUUUUACACAAGUGUGUAUUAAUCCAUUCACUCUUCCCGGCUGUCUCAGGACUCAGCAUCCUCCACCCAGACUGGACUGUAAACCAUUUUUCUAACACCACAUAGGAAUACUGAAUUCAUGUCAUGCUCAAAAACAAAAGAUCAACAUAAACCACUGAUAUUUUGCACAUUGCUGAUUUAUUUAUUUAUUUUCAAGUGACAGUGAGUCAUGGUUCUGAGUGUUAGUCCUGUACGCUUGGCCACAGAUAUGAAUAUUAAUAUAAACAUAAGAGAUGAUCACUCAGUGUACAAAUCCUGUAUGUUGAUUUAUUUCAUAUUUCAGUAGAUUUGUGGUAACUAGUACAAUUUACUAUUAUACCUCAUUGUAGUAGCAAUAUUGAUAUUACUGGUAUUAGUGAAAUGAUUUGCUACAAGAUCCAUGAUAUGGUGAUGCUAUUUAAAAAGGUGUAUAAGCACAUUUUACUUAGUCUGCUAGAGGGGAGUAAAGAGCCACACCAGCUUCCUCCUGUUAAACAUUGAACUCAGCUGUAUGUUAUGUUGCCUUCAGAUUCCAGCAGCAUUAUUGUCAUCAUGAAUUUUCACCUCAUAAUAUAAAAUAAAUGAA